AUGCUUGACAUCGUAGAAGACCGAUUGCCGUUUGGUGCCGAGCAGUGGAGCAACGUUGCCGCUCUUUACGACGCUCAACUUCCUAGUGGUUGGCCGGAGCGCGACGGUGAGAGCCUAAAGCGCAAGUUCCUCGGCCUGAAGAACAAAAGGAAACCCACUGGAGACCCAGACUGUCCGCCUGAUGUGAAGCGUGUGAAGCAGGUAUUCUGCAUGAUUGAGGCCCGCUGUGCUGUCACUACACUUCACGACAACGACUCCGACGAAGCCGAGCCCGACGAAGAG